AUGUUAACAGACAAUUGGAUUGUUUUAGCUUAUAUUAUGAUAAUCUCAUCGAUAAUUUUAUGUGGUAUUCUUCCAAUGAUACUUCGUCUAUUUAAUGAUCGUCAACAUUUUUAUCAUUAUAAUCUUGAACGUCAAAAUAUUGAAUAUUCAAGUUCAAAUAAAUUUCUAACUUUACAAUCAAAUGAUAAUAAUGUAGAUUAUAAAAUUUAUCAAAAUUUUCAACGAAUUAAUUCUUUUGAACAACCAAUUUUUUAUACACAAAUACCAUUUAUUGAUGAUGAUACAUUUGUUUAA